AGAUUAUUUCCAGAUGAUGACAGACAUUCAACAGCAGCUGGCUGCCUCGAGAAUGUGUGAUUCGGAUUCUAUAAAGGCAUUCAAUCAGAUGUACGCACAGAAUCCGUAUGGAGCAGGAGCUUUUGAUAAGAACUACUCCGCAGCCACUGCUCUCCCAUUUUUUGCUCAACAUUUCGCGCCAUACGCGAAUCCCCAUGCCACGUCAUCUUUUUCCCCGUCAUCGUCUUCCACGUCAUCCACCACGUCGUCUCAAAAUCAGCAGAGUGGCAGCAGUGGGAGUAAGAAGAAAAAACCGGUUCCGGUGCCGGAAAAUCAAAAGGAUGAGGCCUAUCUCGACCGGCGCCGCCGAAACAACGAAGCCGCCCGUAAAUCCAGAGAAUCUCGCAAGAAAGUCGAUCAGGACAAUAGUGUUCGUGUAACAUAUUUGGAGAGGGAAAAUCAAUGCUUGCGAGUCUACGUCCAACAGCUCCAACUACAAAACGAAUCGAUGAGACAACAUUUGCUCCUGCAAAAUCCGGGCACUAUAGACACUAUGGACCCGAUUGCCAUGGCGAAUAUGCCGAGUUAUUAAGCUUCUCCCCUCCCACACAAAAUCAUCUCAUUCUUGCACACACAUUCAAAUCCUUGCUUCUGUAUCGAAUUUCCACACACCACCCUCUCAUUGCGUCACUUUUUUUUUGUAAUUUUCUGUAAAAAUAUAGCUAUUUUUGAAGAAAAAUGCAUUUUUUCAAAAAAAAUAAAUGAGCGACUACGGUAAGCAAUUCCGAGUCUGCAAACACCGUCACGGCAGAAUGCACAGAAAAACUCAUUUUCAAAUUAUUUUUCGCUCAGUUUUCGCUAAUUUCUCCGAAUUUUCGCGUUUUUUCUUUAAUUUUUGUUAGUUUUUGAUUGUAUUUUGUCGAUUUUUCACUCUUCGAAGCUGUACCGACUGUAAUUUGACACUUUCCGCACGAAAAAAUGAGAAAAAUCUCAGAAAAUAGGUGUAUUCAGAUUUUUCCCCAUUUUCCUCCGAUUUUCUGGGCAUUUUCUGGGCAUGUUUUUCAAGCUAAAUUCGCUGAUUUUCGAGCUAAAGCAACUUUAAAAUCCAAAUUCUCUAAUAAUAAAACAGUUUUUC